GCGGCGGCGGCGGCGGCGGCGGCUCUGCGCGCGGCGGCCUUUGGCAGAGGACUUCGGCGAUCUACUUUGGCAGCCGCCUCCUCCUUCCUCUCCUCCUCCUCGGACUGCCCCGGUGCUGACUUCCCCCGGCCCGGGGACUCGGUUCCUAGGCUCCCGUGACAUGCGGCCGGGCAGCCCAAGUACUCUGAGAACACGGGGCGGCAUAAACACCAAAACUUUUUUGUGGACGGAAAACGCGAUGAGCGAGCCCGGAGUCGGCCGCUGCGGCGCGGAGUGAGUGCGCGCCGCGCGCCCGCGUCGGAGCCCACGCUGGUGUGUGUGUGCGCGCGCGCGUGUGUGCGCACACGGGGUGCGCUCUUCGGGACGCGGGGAGGAAAACACACACACACACACACACGCACACGCACACGCUUGCCAACCGCCGGAAACCUCUCGGAAUGUAUUAGGAAAUAAUGGAUGGCGCGGCGCCGGCGGGCGCGGAGCGGAUCUCCCCUUCGGUCGCCACCCGAGGUGCUGCCGGCUCCGUUGGUGGCGAUUCUUUUUGUGGAUAGGUGUCUGAUGGUAUUUUCGAGAACAACCUCUCUCUCUCCCCCCUUUUUUUCCCUCGAGCUUUACAGUUUAUAAAAGGAAACAACCAAAAAAAAAAACCACCCCCAAAUCUCUCCCCCCUCUCUUUUUUUUCCGCCCCGUCAGGAUCGCUGUUUCCAUCCAUGUGCCUGCAUCUCCCCCGCGUUCCACUUAAACUAUUUUAAUCCUUGGACCCGGGGAGGCGGCUGAUAGGGGAAGGGGGGGAGGGUGGGGUUGUGCGGAUAAAAAAAGUUCUUCCAAAAUAGUGUGCCCGGGGAGCAGGAUGGGGGAUUUCGCGGCCCCCGCCGCCGCCGCCGCGAAUGGCAGUAGUAUCUGCCUGAACAGCAGCCUGGGCGGCCUCGGCGGGGCCGCGAUCGGCGGGGCCGGGGUCGGCGCGGGGACUCCCGGCGGCGCCCCGAGCGGCGGCGGCGGCGGCGGCUCGGCGGGGGGCGUCCCCAAGCACAGCACGGUGGUCGAGCGGCUCCGCCAGCGCAUCGAGGGCUGCCGGCGGCACCACGUCCACUGCGAGAACAGGUACCAGCAGGCUCAGGUGGAGCAGCUGGAGCUGGAGCGCCGGGACACCGUCAGCCUCUACCAGCGGACCCUGGAGCAGAGGGCCAAGAAAUCGGGCGCCGGCGCCGGCAAGCAGCAGCACCCCAACAAACCCCAGCAAGAUGCGGAGGCUGCCUCGGCGGAGCAGAGGAACCACACUCUGAUCAUGCUACAAGAGACUGUGAAGAGGAAGUUGGAAGGAGCCCGCUCACCUCUUAAUGGCGACCAACAGAAUGGAGCUUGCGAUGGGAGUUUUUCUCCGACAAGCAAGAGAGUCCGGAAGGACCUUCCUGCGGGAAUGGACGCCAUUAACAGUCUCCCCAACAGCAUGCCCCUGCCUUCGGCUUCCCCUCUUCACCAGUUGGACCUGAAGCCUUCUUUGCCCUUGCAGAACAGUGGAACCCACGCCCCAGGGCUUCUAGAAGAUCUGAGCAAGAAUGGUAGGCUCCCGGAGAUUAAAAUCCCUGUCAAUGGCUGCAGCGACCUAGAGAACAGCUUCACUCUCCUGCAGAACAAGGACCUCAAACAGGAGCCUCUGGACGACCCCGCCUGCAUGGACACUUCAGAGACGUCCCUUUCUAAUCAGAACAAGCUGUUCUCAGACAUCAACCUGAAUGACCAGGAGUGGCAGGAGCUGAUCGAUGAAUUGGCCAACACGGUUCCCGAGGACGACAUACAGGACUUGUUCAAUGAAGACUUCGAGGAGAAGAAGGAACCGGAAUUCUCACAGGCAGCCACGGACACCCCGCUGUCCCAGGAGAGUACCAGUGUCAAGAGUGACCCCUCUCACUCGCCUUUUGCCCACGUCUCCAUGGGAUCGCCUCAGGCCAGGCCCUCAUCUUCUGGUCCUCCCUUUUCUACCGUCUCCACAGCCACUAGUUUACCCUCUGUGGCCAGCACCCCCGUGGCCUCCAACCCCGCCAGCUCGCCAGCAAACUGUGCGGUCCAGUCCCCCCAAACACCAAACCAAGCCCACACUCCUGGCCAAGCCCCGCCUCGGCCCGGCAAUGGCUACCUGCUCAAUCCUGCAGCAGCCCCGCCGGUGGCGGUGGCAGGCUCUGGGUCAGGGCCUGUGGCUGUGCCCAGCUCUGACAUGUCCCCCGCUGAGCAGCUCAAGCAGAUGGCAGCCCAGCAACAACAAAGGGCCAAACUCAUGCAGCACAAGCAGCAGCAGCAGCAGCAGCAGCAGCAGCAGCACUCAAGUCAGGCUUCAAGUUGGUCUCCCUUAGGGCCACCCUCCAGUCCGUAUGGAGCUGCAUUUACUGCGGAAAAACCAAACAGCCCAAUGAUGUACCCCCAAGCCUUUAACAACCAAAACCCUGUAGUGCCUCCGAUGGCGAACAACCCGCAGAAGACGUCCAUGAAUAACUACCUCCCUCCCAACCCCAUGACUAUGAUCAGUCAGCAGCCCAGUAGCCUGGGGCCCAACUCCUUAAACAAGCAGCACGGCCUUCUCUCCUACGGCAACACUAAACCUCUGACUCACUUCAACGCGGACCUGAGCCAGAGGAUGACGCCCCCCAUGGCCAACCCCGGCAAAAACCCCCUGAUGCCCUACAUCCAGCAGCAGCCACCGCCACAGCCACCCCACCCACCGCAGCCGUCGCCGCAGCCACCAGCCACGCAGCAGCAGCUCCAGGCGCCCAGGGCUCACCUGAGCGAGGACCAGAAGCGCAUGCUCCUCCUGAAGCAGAAGGGAGUGAUGAGCCAGCCCAUGGCCUACGCCGCCCUGCCGGCCCACGGUCAGGAGCAGCACCCCGUGGGUCUCCCCCGGCCCACGGGUCCCAUGCAGCCCUCUGGGCCCCCGGGCUCCAGUGGCAUGGUCUCCGGAGGGAGCCCGGUGGGGCCUGGCUUCUUGGGGAGCCAGCCACAGGCUGCCAUCAUGAAGCAGAUGUUGAUGGACCAGCGGGCUCAGCUGAUGGAGCAACAGAAGCAACAGUUUCUGCGGGAGCAGCGGCAGCAGCAGCAGCAACAGCAGAUUCUGGCCGAGCAGCAGCUGCAGCAGGCGCAUCUGCCCCGGCCGCACGUCCAGCAGCAGCGGAGCCCCUACCCCGGGCAGCAGGUCAGCCAGUUUCAAGGCUCCCCCCAGGACAUGGCCGCGGCGAGAAGCCAGGCGGCCCUGCAGAGCCUGCGGACAUCCCGGAUGAUGGCACAGAACGCGGGCAUGAUGGGCAUGGGGCCCUCCCAGAACCCAGGGACGAUGGCCAGCGCCGCAGCCCAGUCGGAGCUGGGACUGGCCCCUUACAGCGCCCCUCCGACCAGCCAGCCAGGGAUGUACACCAUGAGCACAGGGAUGACCCAAAUGUUGCAGCACCCAAACCAAAGUGGCAUGAGCAUCCCCCACAGCCAGGCCCAGGGACCACGGCAGCCUGCCUCGGGCCAAGGGGUAGGGAUGGUGAGCAGCUUUGGGCAGAGCAUGCUGGUCAGUGCCCAGCACCCGCCGAUGAAAGGCUCGGGGGGCCAGGCCUUGCCCAGGACCCAGGGCCCCUCCAGGCUGCAGUCCGUCAUGGGGGCCGUCCAACAAGGAGCACAAACCUGGCAGCAGAGGAGCCUGCAGGCGCCGCCCGGGAGGACUAGUGGAGAACUGGCGCCCUUCAACAAUGGAACCAGCUACCCACUUCAGGCCGCCCAGCCCAGACUCGCCAAGCAACACUUCCCGCAGGGCCUGAGCCAGUCAGUCAUGGACGCUAACCCUGCCGCGGUGAGGACCCUCAACCCGGCCGCCAUGGGUCGGCAGAUGAUGCCGCCGCUCCCUGGGCAGCAGGGCGCCAGCCAGGCACGGCCAAUGGUCAUGUCUGGCCUGAGCCAAGCUGUCCCUGGCAUGCCGGCGUUCAACCAGCCCUCGGCACAGCAGCAGAUACCCGGUGGCAGCUACGCCGCAGGCAGCCAGAGCCAAGCCUAUGAGCGCCCCCCUCAGGACAUGUCGUACAAUUACAGCGGCGAAGGGGCUGGGCCUUCCUUUGCUGGCCUCCCGGACAGUGCUGACCUCGUGGACUCCAUCAUCAAAGGCGGGCCGGGGGAUGAGUGGAUGCAAGAACUCGAUGAGUUGUUUGGGAACCCCUAGUCCCGUGGGGUCCGGAGAGCCACACGUGGAGUGGUGAAAGUUUCACAGUUAAAAGAAACAGGAUGCCAGUCCAUCCUGGGUUGGCUUUUUUUUUUCAAUUGUUGUUUUUUGACCCAUGUACACGAAGCAGAACUGCAGCUGGCUGGUGGUAGAAAAUCCAGAUGUGAGUCCCUGGCUCCACAGGGCCUCCCUCCUUCCAACUGAUUUUCACACCGCAAUCACGUCUAGACGGCAUGCAGAUCCCGGCUGCAGAGAGGGAACAGAGAGAGCGAGCAAGCGAGCGGGAAAGACCAGCAGCCUGGUCCUCGGCCCUGCACAGCUGUCACGGCCUGGCUCAGCCAGGGCUGCCCCCGCCCAGAGGGCUGCGGCCGGGGGUGAAGUCCCCGCUGCCCACCAGCUCCGGGUCCUGAGACCACAGCUUUGGAGAAGAGAGCAAGCCGGGGCCAAAGGAUGCCGCGGGAGACUGCGAGAAGACUGCACGGGCCACAGGCACAGGUCAGGCACGGAGCGCAGCCAGCAGGCCCGGGGCAUCGCUGUGGAGCUUGCAUCGUGUGCUGCGGCGACCCUCUGGAAUUACACGGAGUGGCUGCUGCUCCGUUCUGCCCUCCUGGGGAGCAGCCAUCGCCUCACCCCGGUUUGGGUUGGAACCUCCUUGGGUUUCCAUGCAACAUGGUACAGCCCGGCGGAGGGACCCUGCCCGGUUCUGUGUGUGCCAUCUGGCAGCCUUCCACUCGCCCCCGCCCUGCCUCUGUUCCUCCUGACCUCCAGCCCAGCCCACCUUUGCCUCUCCUGACGGACUAGCCGUGAAAUGAGGCUUCGGGGCCAGAGUCAAAAUAAAGGCAAGAAGGAUGCAGGCCAUGCCCGAAACACAGAGGCAACACUGGCAUUUCCUUUCCUCACCACGUGUAGCGUGGAACGAGCGUGGGCUUGGAACGGAGUGGGCUGAGCUGAUUGCAGGUGCAGGUGUGUGUGGCCACAUCCAAGGCUUCCAGCAUCUAUCCCUGGGGAGCAAUGGCCUAGAAACCACUGGCUCUGGUUCCCUGGGACAGGAUCCCAGAGGGGACUCUAAAACCGGCCUUGUUUGUCAUCCCUACCAGAAAGUCAGGUACCAAACCCUUGAGAGAGAGAGGCAGAAAAUGCAAUAGCUCUACCUUACGAAGGUGGGUGAUCAGUGAAAUGGAUACGCCUCUUUCUUUACAGGCCGAGUGAUCAGGUCGGUCAUUCUCUGUAAGUCAGCCCGUCUACCCUAUGGAAAACCCACCCGAAGAGAUCGCGGGCCUGUGCUGUCAGACUUGUCUCUUGGUCUCUGCCCCCCAAGUGACACAAGUAUUGUCUAUGCUGGGUACCUCCCCUCCCCCCAUGCUUAGAGCUGGGCUCCUGUGCGCUGCACACACCCAUCCUAGAAGGCCAGAGGCUGGGGAGGGCUGGACAGCAGGACAGGGAAGGUGAGCUCCACCCAGAAGCCAGGGUAGAGGCUGUGAAGGGGGGCCGGGCAGGCAGCAUGACCCCCCACUUCCUCUCCAUAGGCCAAGGGUCCCAGACCUGCUCAGCACAGGGCCAGAAAGUGGCUGUACAGCCUCUCCAAAGAGGCUGGCGGGGGAGGCAUGAACUCUCAAGAGGAGGGCGCUACCAAGGAAACUGAGUAAAAGCAGAUGAAAACCAAAAAAUAACGAUAAUAAGUAAUAAUACAGUAGACAAAUGAGAAGACACAGAAUACAUAAUUAAUUGCCUUUUCCUGCUAGGCAGGUCCAGGAAAUAAAUGCAUAAGCAAUGAUGAGAAACUAGAGGUAGCUGCUGGACAGAAGGGAGGCUCCACUGUCUCUCAAACACAGCUUCCUCCAAGUGCUCAGUAAGAGGACCAACUAAUAGAGAGGUAGAUUUUAAUAAAGUUGUUCUGUUUCUACUACGGUGCUGAUGUAUAUGUAAUGUCUUUAAAAAAGUUAUUUGUACAUAAGUUUUUACAAUACUGCAGAUAUCACUGGGUCUACUAUCUGUAAAUAUAUAUACAUAUAAAUAUAAAUAUAAAUAUAUAUAUACUGUUUGUUUAAAAUAGAGUAUUUUUAUUUCAUUCCUUAAUUCAUCAUCAUGGCAGUGGGACAGCACUUCAGACAUCUAAUUUGUACUGUAGAAUGUACGGCAACCCAAUCCGUUUGAUUCCCAUUUUUCUAGUUUUCUGUUUUUACUUUGUACACUGAGCAUUGCUAUCUCCUUUUAAGAAAUGUGCAGAACUCUGAAAUGUAGAAAUGAUGUCUACAUACCACUUUUAAAGAAAAAAAAAAACACAGAAUAAAUGAUCAUUAUCUAAAUCAA